GGGACAUUGAAAAAACGCAGAGAAUUACCCGGCAGCAAAGUAGAAAUCUUUUUCGGCUUUUUUUUGACGUUAAAAUCCAAAACGGGAAGCUUCACCUCUCUCUCUCUCUCUCUCUCUUCUACUGUCCGUACUAUCAGUGGCUCUCUCUCGAAGCCAGUCUGCCAAAGCACUGCCUUUGUCUCAGAUACUGUUUUGGAAAAAAAAAAAAAAGUAAUAAAAAAAAAAUCCAACUUCGAGCUACAAAACACAGAUUGCUAGAUGCCAAGACCCUGUUCACAUGAACUCAAAAACCCCACUUCCUUUUUAUUUUCUCCCUUCGAAUCUUUGAGAUUUCUCUCUGUCUCUCUCUCUCUAGAGUUGCCUCUGCAGCUUUCUUCAUCUGAAUUGUCGCAUUGAAGACGCAAAAGACAGAGAGAGAGAGAGAGAGAGAGAGAGAGAGAGAAAAGAGCGAUUAGAGUGUGAGAGAGAGAGUAUCUUUCUUGUAUAUGUUUUUGUUGUAUGAACCGGCAUUGCGAUGAAAACCAAAACCCAUCACCACAAUGCUAAUGGCUAUGCCAGCGAGAGCAGCGGCAGCAACUCUCCGAGCCCACCGCCGUCGCCGCGCCGCCAGUACUCCAGUUUCAACCAUUCCCGCCGGCGUGUACGGUCUAAAUGUCAGUCGACACUCGCCGGCGGUAUUAUUUUCCGGCGGAAGCUCCGGUACUUGCUGGUUCUGCCUCUGCUUUACGUCUCUGGGCUGCUCAUGUGCGUGGGUCCCUUCUCUGCUCUCGUGGGCCUGUCUUCUCCUCCUGGUUCGGUGUAUCGUAGCCGCGAGACGUUUCAGAGGCUCUGGCCUGACAUUCAAUUUGAUAAUUCCACCGCAAUUCAGCUGUCCUCUGUGUGGGGACACAAACCCCAAAGGAGAUUGAAAGAGCAGAAGCCUUGUCCAAAUUCAACAGCUCAACAACAGCAGGAGUCCCUUGGCUCUGUUGGAUACUUGAUCGUUGAGGCUAAUGGUGGUCUUAACCAACAGCGAUCUGCGAUAUGCAAUGCUGUGGCUGUAGCUGGACUUUUGAAUGCAAUUUUAGUUAUACCUCGUUUUGAAUUCCAUAAUGUUUGGAGGGAUCCAAGUAAGUUUGGUGAUAUAUAUGAUGAAGAUCAUUUCAUAGCUGCCCUUGAUGGCUAUGUUAAAGUGGUUAAAGAGCUACCUGAGUCAUUAAUGGAGAGAUAUGAUAAUAACAUUACUAAUAUACAUAGCCUCCGUGUCCAAGCUUGGGCUUCUGUUGGCUAUUAUAUGGGAGAAGUUUAUCCUGUUCUGAUGAGGCUAGGGGUUAUCCGCAUAGCUCCAUUUGCUAAUAGAUUGGCAAUGAAUGUCCCUCCUCAUAUUCAACAUCUAAGAUGCCUAGUUAACUAUGAAGCACUGAGGUUCUCUUCUCCCAUUUCAGCUCUUGCAAAGAAACUAGUUAAUCGUAUGAUUGAAAAGAGCUCAAGGACAGGUGGAAAGUAUGUUUCAGUCCACCUUCGGUUUGAGGAGGACAUGGUGGCCUUCUCAUGCUGCUUGUAUGGUGGUGGAGAGGCUGAAAAGAUUGAAAUGGAUUCAAUUAGAGAAAAAGGGUGGCGGUUGAAAUUCAAACAGAAAGGGCGUGUCAUUUUACCUGGUCUCAAUCGAAUUCAAGGAAAAUGUCCACUUACCCCCUUAGAGGUCGGAUUGAUGCUACGUGGGAUGGGAUUUGAUAACAACACAUCAAUCUAUUUGGCUUCAGGAAAAAUAUACCAGGCAGAGAAACAUUUAGCUCCUCUACUAAAGAUGUUUCCCUACCUGCAUACCAAGGAAUCUCUUGCAUCCUCAGAAGAGCUAGCUCCUUUUGAGGGAUAUUCUUCGAGAUUGGCAGCUUUAGACUACACAGUAUGCUUGUUUAGUGAGAUUUUUGUGACGACACAGGGUGGAAACUUCCCUCAUUUUCUAAUGGGUCAUCGUAGAUUCCUCUAUGGUGGACAUGCGAAGACUAUUAAGCCCGAUAAACGCAAGCUUGUUCUUCUGCUACAGGAUAAGGAUACCAGCAGUUGGAAGGGUUUUAAGGAUGAGAUGCAAGCAAUGCUAGCUGAAAGUGACCGCAAAGGAUCGAUAGUACCGAGAGUGAAAAAAUUUAACCGGAAAUCUUCUGUGUACACUUACCCCUUUCCAGAAUGUAGGUGCCUCCAGAAACCUCAAAACACUGGAAUUGGCUCAAAUAUGCAUUUGUGAUUUUCACGUCCAUGCUGCUACAUGACAAACAGACUUCAUGCUAGUGGAAUUUCUCACAUUGCAAUCAACUAUAUAUACAUCUAAUUGGUUCAUGGAGCAGGUCUCUAAAUGCUGGGAACAGGUGGGCAUUGGUCAUGUAUUCAUUAAGGCGAAAUGUGGGUUUUCCAAAUUUGACUAGAGUGAAUUCCUUUAUUCAAGUCAUUCUUUAUACUUUUGUAUGGGAGAUAUAGGGACUCACCUUUUCUCUGGUUAAAGGUUGCCAAGCAGCGGAGCUGAAGUACAAGCUGGCUGUAGCAUGGUCGGAAACUGCCCAACUUUGUAUAACAUAAAAACAGAAUUUCAGAGCUUUCUUUUGUUUUUACAUGUGUAAAUGGCUUCCAAGCCCUGACCUAGAGUUUGUAUUGUGGUUUGUUUUCCCUUUGUUAGUUAUUAGGUUGAAAAUCACCAUAGAUAAAAUCUUUGUAGGAGCUUCUAAAGGGUGUUACAUCUUUCACAUGUAAUUUUUUUUUUUUUGGGUAUUCUGAAAAACAAUUUUGGCAUAGCAAAGAGUAUACGCAUUGUUUUGAAUAUUCCAA